AAGAAAGCGGAGGAGGGAAAUCUCCCUGAAGUGGGCUUGGGAGAGAGGCCCAUCCAUGUUUUCUUUCGAAAUAUUCUUUUACCGAUCACAAAUAGGCGGCAAAAUGCUGCAGAAGCUGUAUGAUUUCCCUCCCAACGAAGAACCAGUUGCCAGCUACCAUGGAAUUAGAGCAUCAUCAUCAACAACAACAACAACAACAACAAGAAGAAGACCCAUUUAUUGCAUUCGUGGAUUACGCGAGAUCCGUGUUGUCGCCCGUUGAAGAAGAAGAAGAAGGAGAAGAAAAUAUUGGAAAUGGUGGACCUGGGUGGAGCUGGAUCGCGUCUCGGAUCCUAAAGACAUGUAUCGCUUAUUCAAGUGGAGUCACACCUGCUAUACUUCUCUCAGAUCUCUCUCAGGCUUGGAAUGAACAUAACAGGACAGGGGCAGCAAAGAAAAGAAGGCCAGAAAUUAUUAUGAAGAAGAAGCAUCAUAGGAGAAUUAAGCUCCCUAAUACUGUUACAAUUGACUCCAUUUAUGAGAAGAAUUUUCUUUCUCUAAAUAGCAUCUUGGAAGCUGUUGUUCUUGAUGCUUUUCUGCUCCCUGGUACAAAUAUCUAUAUGCUUACUUUGGGUGACUUUUGGAGCUCAAACACCAUUGACCUUUAUCUCCACAGAAGAUACUAUGAUUUGAUGGAUCCUCAUAGUGGAAUCUUGAAGAAGGGGAGGGAAGUGUUCCUCACUGGAUGCUAUCUCAGAACUGCCAGGGAAGGAUCCGGGUGUCCCCGACUUCUGCCUACAGAAUAUCUUGUGCUAUUGUUAGAUGAUGAUCAGGAUGAUGAUGCCAUGCUGAUAGCAGCUCAGUUUUGUUCAGAUUCUUUCUCUUCCAUCUCUUCUCAUGAGGCUAACAAUGGGGUUUCUUAUUCAUUAUAUGCAAGGAUUGAAUCUAUUGAAUCAAUGGAAGUCAAAGGAGUGUUUGGUAAUGUACAGAGGAAACAAAUCACUCUCGCUGACAAUGAUGGUGUCCAGCUCAAAUUUCUCUUAUGGGGUGAGCAGGUUCUCCUGGCCAAUCUUUUCAGUAUUGGAAGCAUGCUUGCACUUGAUAGACCGUAUAUUGCCAGUUCGAAAGAGAGUGGCAUUGAAACGACAAGUGAAUUUUGUCUUGAAUAUGGUAGCGCAACACAACUGUUUUUGGUGCCUUUCGUUCAUCAUGAAGAACAAGUGUAUGUACCCUUGACACAAAACCGAUAUCAAGGAUCAAAGCUGAUGAGUGCAUCAGAUCCUAGUCAGGGAUCUAAAGUUUCACAAGUGUCUUUGCCCUGUAAUUCUCAGGGGUCUAUUGACUUUACCAAUUAUCCAUUUCGAUCAUUUGUAAUUGAUCUUCGCGAGAAGAUGACUAGCAUCAGCCUUUAUGGUAUUGUUACAGACAUUUUCUGUGAAAGAAAUACCCCAGAAAUUGUUUUCUCUUUAAAGAUUGAGGAUGCGACAGGGGCAAUUUGGGCAAAGCUACACUUUGCUAAAUCUUGGUCUCUGGGGAGAUUGGGCCUCGGUCACAAAGUCUAUGUAUCUGGUUUGUCAUGCUAUAAGACAAAACAUAACGGUCUUGAAGUAUCAUGGUUUGAAAAUGAAGCUGGAGCUAUGUUCGUGAACCUUAGUUGCUUGCCAGCAUUGUUAAACUCAUCUUGUCUUCAACAAUUAUUUUGCCUCUCUGAUCUAUCCUGUGAUGCUAGUUGCACAUAUAUUUGUCGAGUUCGGCUCGAUCAAGUUGAUCAAUGCCAUGUCAGUACAAGAUUUGCACAUUCUCUUUGUGGUCAUGCUGUUAACCAGACACCUGGUGGAUUCGUUGAGUGCAGUUUCUGUAAUUGCAAUUGUAAUGAUGAAGUUGUACGCACUUUCCACUUGAAGAUCACUCUUGCGGAUGAGAGUGCAAAGAUUUUUGCAUGGUGCACAGGCCACACUGCAUCUGAGUUGCUGCAAAUAUCUCCUGAUGAAUUCUAUGAGCUCCCUGAGGAUGAACAGUUUAUGUACCCUUCUUCACUAGAGAAUGAGAGCUUCAUUGUUGCAUUAGUAAAUAGCAAGAGAGAGGACUAUGGCAGUCGAGGUCUAGCCCUGGAGACUGAUACCGUUUCUUGGGAAAUAACUCGUGCUCUAAGGUAUGAAUAGCAUUGUGCAAAUAAGAUUAAGAUAAAAGGAAAUUCCUCAGAAUCAACAACAAGGUGAUGAUACUUCAGCACUGAAAAGAGGAGAUGAUGCUAGUCUCAAUAAUGUUGGGGUCGCAAAUUCUUCUUUGUGAAGGUCAAUCUGAUACGAAAUUGAGUUUGCUAGUAAAUGCAGGGCUGAGUUACAACAUUUAUUCAUCCUUUUAAAUUUUAUAUCUUUAUAUUAUUCAACCGUUGGAUCUGAUAUGCUUUUUAUUAUACAUUUAAAAUUUUAAUGAUUGUCAUG